AUGGUAUGUUACAAUUAUAAUGACGCUGGUUACUGUACGGGAGAUGGAAUUGAGGUGGCGAAGUAUAAUUGGGAUGGGUUUUUUGGUGGGGCAGCUCUUGGGAGGGUGGGCGGAGCUGGUGCCCGGUGGAGGCUUUUUCGCUCCAAUGCUGUUGCUUUAGGGGAGCAAUACGUUGCAACGGCAAGACUUCAGCUUGGUGCAGAUUGGCGAGUCAUGAGAAACAUUGGCAUUCCCAUAGUUGCUGUCUUGAGUUCCUUGCUGGCUUUAGUAAUUGCCUCAUCUCAGAGAAAAAUCCCAAGCGACAUACUUGGUUCAAACGAAACAGCCUCAUUUUCUGCUUACCUAGUCGAAGACAUGGAUUUCUUGUGGAAACCUGGUCAAUCUGGUUAUCAACAUGUCUGGCCUGAAAUGAAAUUUGAAUGGCGUAUCAUUGUGGGGACACUAAUUGGAUCCCUAGGAGCAGCAUUUGGGAGCGUGGGCGGUGUGGGCGGCGGCGGCAUCUUUGUUCCAAUGUUAAUUCUCAUAAUUGGGUUUGAUCCAAAAUCAGCAACCGCUAUUUCAAAAUGUAUGAUCACGGGUGCAGCUGUCUCGACAGUUUACUUCAACCUGAAGCUGAAACAUCCUACGUUUGAUAUACCCUUAAUUGACUAUAAUUUGGUGAUGCUUAUGAUGCCAAUGAUCAUGCUGGGGAUUACCGUAGGAGUUAGUUUGAGUGUUGUGUUUGCGGAUUGGAUGAUCACUCUUCUUCUAAUCAUUAUGCACCUCAACCAAGGCAUUCUUCAAGGCGUUGACACGUGGAAAAAAGAAACCAUAAUAAAACAGGAGACCGCCAAGCUUUUGGAGUAUAUUGCAACGGCUAGCGAGGCAGCAGACUACAGCUCUCUUCCCACAGGGCCUGAAAGGGAGGACACCAGACAAACUCAGGUCUCGAUUCUUGGCAACAUUUAUUGGAAAGAGUUGGGACUUAUUUCCUUCGUCUGGCUCGCAUACUUUGUCCUGCAGAUUGUCAAGACACAUACAGACACAUGUUCAACCACGUUCUGGAUAGUAAAUUUCUUACAGAUACCAGCUUCUCUAGGAGUGCAUUUAUGCCAAGCAAUAGGCCUUCAUCAAGGAUGGAGAGUUGUUCCUUCGAAAGGAGAUCAAGGCACGAAUUGGUCAUUGCACCAUCUGAUUCUCUGUAGUUUCUGUGCUACGCUAGCUGGAAUCAUCGGUGGCCUUCUUGGUAUAGGUAGCGGAUUUGUCAUGGGUCCUAUGUUUCUGGAAUUUGGAAUUCCUCCUCAAGUGGCAAGUGCCUCAGCCAUGCUUGGAAUGACAUACUCCGCAUCUAUCUCAAUUGUACAAUAUUACCUCUUGAACCGUUUCCCUGUUCCUUACGCUGUGUAUCUUACGAUUGUGGCAACAGCCGCGGCAUACAUAGGGCAGCAUGUCAUUGACAGGCUGGUUACAAAAUUCGGAAGGGCGUCUCUGAUUAUCUUUGUUCUAGCCUUCACAAUAUUUGUUAGCGCAAUUGCAUUGGGUGGAGUUGGUGUGUCAGACGCGAUUCAAAAGAUUCAGCGUAAUGAAUACAUGGGAUUUGACGAUUUCUGCAAUUAGAGUCUCUGACCCCUGUAAUCUGGUUGCUUUUUCGAUCGUAUUCCUGCCAUUAAGGAUUUGUUUACCAGGUAAUACUGGGGUGAUGAGAUUAUGAAUGAUUUUGUAAAUUGUGAUUGGUCCAAGUACGAUAAAAAAAAUUGAAUAUUUUGACGUGUUUUGGGUGAUAU